AUGGAGGGCGUUGAUUCAUCGUAUAUCGAUGAUGUUUUGGCCAAGGGAUCUGACACAAUCGUCGAGAAUGGUUGGACAUGGCCAGAGGAGGACAAGGCAAACUGGCAUGCAGCUCCCAACCGUAUCCAAGAAUUUUAUACGAAAUGGCGUGGCGCUAACUUCCCCGAGUCUACCGCGCACCCCUACGAGAUAGAAGUUGGGCUCAGCCAGACCGGCAAACCUCUCCUGCAGUUCCAUUCGUUGAAGACGGCGGGAAGCCGAAUCCUUGUUCCACGAUCCUAUGACGAGUUUUUUCACCGCUUGAUGCACCUUCGGCAGAAGGAUCUGGGGUCAAGGAAAGGCGCAGUGAUUACUGGGCAGCCGGGCACUGGAAAAUCUAUGUUUCUCGAGUACACGCUCAUACGACUCCUUUCGGCCAGCCAGGUCGUGCUCUGGUGCAACUCCUCCAAUAUCUAUCUCUUCUUCGCUGGCCGUGCCUACAUGCACCCAACUUCAUCUGGCUUCUCCUACCUCCCUGAGGGUCCUGGAUAUUAUAAUCCGCCUUGGGCCUUAAUUGACGUGGACUACCGUGAUAAGGGGGCGCCUAUCGAUGGCGACUCAGACAUCUGGCCGAUCCAGGUUUCCGGCCCAAACCCGAUACGAUGGAAAUAUUGGCUAAGGCAGACAGGUGGCCGCGAGUGGGGGAUGUCUUUGUGGAGUUUCACGGAGCUCCUGUGUGGCCUCCGUUUACAAGCCAACUAUGUUGAAUAUCGCAACAACUUGGCCAAAGCUCUGUCUGCAGAGUCGACAGAGCCUUCCGCUCAGGAUCCUGAAAUUACGGAUGCGCUCAGGGUCCUGAGGAGGCAGAAGGACAAGAAUCUCGAUAGCAUGCAUGAUAACGUGGACGCCGACAUGGUCGGCAUCAACCAGAAGAAUGAGGUGGACGACGCAAUCGAGCUCCUAGUGCAGAAUGCCACCGAAGAGUUCGGUUUUGCUCCCCGCGACGUCUUCGACGCGAUCUUCAAACCGAUACAGACGAGGGAUGCUCACGCUCAGGCCCUUGAAUCCUUCGACUACAACGACUUACAAUCACUCGCCAAGACGUUCCGAGACCAACGCGCUUUGUCUUAUCAUCAAUCACGAAUUAUCGCCAUGUCGCCUUACGUGAAAGACCUGAACGGCCACGACGGUUGGCGAAUCGACUUCAAAUCUAUCCGAAUCGCAAAGUCAGCGGUGCUCGCGUUAAUGGAGAAGGACGAUCAGUGCCUUUCGAAAAUGUUUUGGUGUCUUUGCCACUUCACGGAGAGCACUCCAAGCCACCGUGGCUACGCUCUGAUUCGCACAAUCAAGCAUCGUAUGCACCAGCUUUUCAAGGAAGUCAGCCCGAACGUCGAUCUUCAGGUCAAAGUUGUAUACUACCUUGUCUGUCCCUUGGACCCAUCUGUGGACUCGACAACGUCUUGCGAAUGGCAACUGCCAGACGGCUGGAGUCGAGAGUUCGCCGACGAAGUGGAUAACCACCGAGGGGAUGUUCUUUGUUUGCGGAUUCCCGUCGCUGGAACCCGCACGACGCAGUGGCUCCAGACUCCUCAGCUGUGGUAA